GCCGGGCCGAGCUCCGGUGCCGCCCCUGCGCGGAGCCGCACCGGCGGUACCGGCGGCACCGGCAGAACCGUCGCGCUGCUGCGGGCGGGCCCCUCCCGCCGCCGGCACCGGGGACACGAUGCGUCCCCAAAGCCCCUGGGCCGCUGGCCCGGCAGCUCUGCUGCUCCUCGCGGGAAUCCUCGGCUCGGAGGCGCUGCCGAGCCCCCGGGGCAGGAAGAAGGUGGUUCAUGUCAUGGAGGGUGACAGCGGCACCGUGGUGGUGCAGACGGCGCCGGGGAAGGUGGUGACGCACCGGGGCGGCACCAUCAUCCUGCCCUGCCGCUACCACUACGACGUGUCCGCCCACGACCCGGCUGAGAUCCGCCUCAAGUGGACCAAAGUGACGGAGCCCAUGGCGUUCGUGGACGUGUUCGUGGCGCUGGGCAAGGCCCGGCGGGCGUUCGGGCCCUACCGCGGGCGCACGGCCCUGCAGGAGGACGGCGCGGGCGACGCCUCCCUCAUCAUCCGCAACGUCACCCUGCAGGACUACGGGCGCUACGAGUGCGAGGUCACCAACGAGCUCGAGGACGACACCGGCGUGGUCAAGCUGGACCUCGAAGGCGUCAUCUUCCCGUACCACCCUCGCCUGGGCCGCUACACCCUGAACUUCCACGAGGCGCAGCAGGCGUGCCUGGAGCAGGACGGGAUCCUGGCGUCCCACGACCAGCUGCACCAGGCCUGGCUGGAGGGCAUGGACUGGUGCAACGCGGGCUGGCUGGAGGACGGCUCGGUGCAGUACCCCAUCUCCCGGCCGCGGGAGGAGUGCGGCCGCAAGGACACGCCCGUGGGCGUCCGCAACUACGGCUACCGGCACAAGGAGAGCGAGCACUACGACGCCUUCUGCUUCACCUCCAACCUCAACGGCAAGGUUUACUUCCUGAAGACGUUCCGCAAGCUGAGCUACUCGGAGGCGGUGCAGGCGUGCAAGAACAACGGCGCGGCCGUGGCCAAGGUGGGGCAGCUCUACGCCGCCUGGAAGAUCCAGCUGCUGGACCGCUGCGAGGCGGGCUGGCUGGAGGACGGCAGCAUCCGCUACCCCAUCGUCAACCCCCGCGCCCGCUGCGGCGGCCGCGAGCCCGGCGUGCGCAACCUGGGCUUCCCCGACAAGAAGUACAAGCUCUUCGGCGUCUACUGCUUCAAAGAGGCCGGCGGGGAUGCCCCCCUGGAGAAGGCGAAGGCGAAGGAGGCGGGCGGGGGGCACCCCAACCGCGUGUGAGGGUGGCUGUGGGUGGGAGCACCCCUCCGGUUCGGCCGGUGAAUGAGCCCCCCCUCGCUGCGUGCUGGGCUCCCCGGGGGUCUCAGCGGAGCUGCGGGCAGCCCCUGCCCCGGGCCGGAGAGGCGGCGGGGCGCGGUGGCGCUCGGGGAUGCGGAGGCAGCAGGGAGGGGAAGGACUUUGGGAGCCCACACCCGGGGCUGGCUCCCCGCUCCUCGCAGCUCUUGCUUCUCCACCUGCCCAUUGCAUGUGCUAAAGGGCCCGUCCAGCCCUCCAUCCCCACCCCAGGGGUCCCCACCCUGCGCCCUCCCGGGGUCGAGCAGCACCGACACCCCCAACCCCCACCCCCGGCAAGGUGCUGUGGGCCACCAGUGUCACGGCACUGUCAGGUCUCUGCAGGGGGACUGACCUGCCACGGGCUCCCCAAAAUGCUGCCUCGGCGCUGGGCAAGGACUGGGGGGCACUGGGCAGCCUGGGGGGGCACCUGCAGCCCCUCCAGCCCCCGCCUGCAGCUCCUUCGCUUGGCUUCCUGCGGGUGAGGUGGGAGGGGCUGGGUGGGACCCCCCCCGAGGCUUUGGGCAGCCCUGGACGUAGAUGAAAUAAAAGCUUCGGCUGCUUUUGAGAGCUGA